AGUCCGUGAGUGUGUUCGGUUCAGGGGAGUAGCGGCUCGGCUGCGCGGUGGUUCCAGCGGCGGCGGCCGACAAGAUGCCCGCAGCUAGUUCCACGUCCAGCGCGGAGGAGCAUGUCCUCUGAGUUCAUCUACUGUUCCGCGUGAAUUCAAGAUAUCGGCUGCUCCGGCGCUACACGGGACAAAAUGGCCGGAAUCAUCAAAAAGCAGAUCCUGAAGCAUUUAUCGAGGUUCACCAAGAAUCUGUCCCCGGACAAGAUCAAUCUGAGCACGCUGAAGGGGGAGGGGCAGCUGUCCAACCUGGAGCUGGAUGAAGAGGUGCUGCAGAACAUGCUGGACCUGCCCACCUGGCUCGCCGUCACCCGGGUCUACUGCAACAAAGCCGCCAUCAGGAUACAAUGGACCAAGUUGAAAACGAGCCCAAUCUGCCUGUUCCUGGAUAAGGUUGAGGUGGAGAUGAGAACAUGUGAAGAGCCUCGUCCGCCCAACGGCCCCUCUCCCAUCGCCAUAACAGCAGGCCAGAGCGAAUACGGCUUUGCUGAGAAAGUGGUGGAGGGCAUGUCUGUGAGGAUCAACUCCAUCACCAUCAAGGUGCAGGCUCAGGCCUUCCACGCCUCCUUUGAGCUUUGGCAGCUUCAAGGCAACAGCCUCGACCCAAAGUGGCAGCGCAGCGACCUCCGCUACACCCGUGUCACCGACCCCAAGAGAGGAGAGGUUUUGACAUUCAAAGAAAUAAACUGGCAGAGUCUACGGAUCGAGGCGGACGCCAUCGAGAGCGACGACCAGGACCUGGGCAGCACGCCGCUGCGUCUCAUCACCAACCAAGGACGCAUUCGCAUCGCUCUAAAACGCAGAAUAAAGGACUGUAACGUGUUGGCGUCCAAGCUGCUCUUCAUCCUGGACGACCUGCUGUGGGUCCUGACCGACUCGCAGCUCAAAGCCAUCAUUCACUAUGCCAAAUCUCUGAGCGAGGCCAUGGAGAAGUCCGCCCAGCAGAGGAAGAGCAUGACGGCCGAGUCCCUGCAGACGACGCCUCCGUCUCCGGGCCUCCACAGCUUGUGGGCGGAGCCUCCACCUGCUCCUGCUGCCAACCCCAACAGCACGAGUCAGCACUUUGACCUCUAUGACGUGAAGGAGUCUUCGUACCACACCUUCAUAUCCCGCUUGGACUUACACGUCUGCAACGACAGCUCCUCGCUGGAUGAAGAUGAACCUCCUCCACCGGGCCUGCAGGGGGCGAUGCAGCUGACCUUCAGGAAGCUGGGCUUCGACUACUAUCCCGUCCACAGACCUGCCGAUGGAUGUCGACACUGGGAACGCCACAGUGGAGCCAUAGAGGCUCAGGCCCAGUGGGCGGGGAAGCUGCUGCAGGAAUACCACCGGAGAGUAGAGGCCUCUGGGCUCCCGGGGCCUCACAACGAGGGUCCCCCACUGUCUAGGGACUCUCCUGCAAAGACCGUCCAGGACGGACGGUCGAGUUCCAGUUCAAACACCUCUGACAGAGAACAGACGAGCGGCCGGAACGGCUCGACGGCUCCGAGCGGCUCAUCGCUGAAGAGGCUGCGGUCGAGCUGCGUGGUGGUCAGAGUGGACGACGUGGACAUUCACCAGGUGUCGACGCGAGGCCGUCAGAACAAGAAGACCCAGUCGUUGUUGUCCUGUAACCGAAAAGCUCAGCGUUUGCCCGACGCCGGUCCAGCCGUCCACCUGCAGUUCACGGAAUAUUACUUCCCCGACAACCCGACGCUCUCAGUGCCGACCUCCAACCUGUACGCCCAGUUCAACGGCCUGCAGCUGAACGUGGACGCGGCCAGCGUCCUGUGGAUCAACCUCUUCUCCAGGGGCCUGCUGCUCACGCUGGACCAGGUCAAAGCCUUCUACCACCUGCAGGACAGCAGCAAGGCGGAGGAGCACGUGGAUGUCCGCGUGGACGCAGCUCAGCUGAAGCUGAUCGUUCCCCUGGAUUCUUCCAUCCUGGACCACCCGGAGCGUCCACAGUCUCUCUGCGUCACCGUUCCUCAGCUGGUCCUCAGCAACACUCGCCACUGCCCCCACGGCUCCAGAGCUGACCUCAACUCUGUCUACGACAAGUUCGCCGGCUGCUCUUUCUUCCGGCCGCUGGCGCCCUGCUGUUACCCCAGAGACCUAAGUGCCUUCCACCCGGUACCCUCCGCCUUCCUCCGUCACUCCCGGGAGACGGAGCCACGACCUCUGGACGGGAAGCAGCUACGAUCCCAGGACGUCUGGUCCCUCAGUCUGUCCCGUGUGACUCUCGGCUUCGGCGGCGCUCGGCGGUUCCCCAAAGGCAGGACGCAGCCGUUCGUCGAGCCCUUCGCCGCGUCUGUGUGGAUGUGUCGUCCCGCAGCCUGUGAAGCGUCGUCUUCCACUUCCAGUCCCAGCGGCGCCCAGCAGCCCGCUCCAGAACCGGAAGAGGCUCCGCUCGCCUCCGUCCACGUCUUGGCUCACACGAUCACGCCGGUCAAGUUGUGGCUGAACCACUACCAGUACGUCGCUCUGCUGAGGAUGAAGGACGCCAUGGCUCGGCUGGGGGCGGAGUUGGGCCGCGACCUGCGAGACGUCAAACAGGCUCGUGGCCAGAAGACAAACAAACCUGCCACAGUUUGCGUCGCGCUCCUGGUGGACUCGGCGGAACUGGGUCUUCUGUUGCCACCGGUCUGCUCGGAGCCAGAGGAGGAGGUCGCCCACACGCCGGAGACCGACAGCGGCAGCGUGACCGACUCCGACGUCUCCCCGACGCAUCGCGCUGCAGACGUGGUGCAGGACGACAGUGGGCUGGAAAACGGCCUCGCUGCGUUCGAUCAGGACCAGCAGGACGGGGCAGUGGAGGAGGCGUGCGAGGCGGUGGAGGAGGGGCCGGAGGGGCCGGAGGGGCCGGAGGGCCCGGAGGGCCCGGAGGGCGGCGACGCUCCCGUCCUGUCGCCCGGACGCUCCCCUGUCCUCUCCCGCGAGCCGUCCACCUUCAGCCUGGAGGGGGAGCUGUCGAGCGCCAUCAACGUCACCAAGGACGCGACCAAAGACGCCUUCAGCGCCUCAAUGGACCUGACGAAAGGAGCGUUCUCCAUCACGAAAGACGCGUUCAGCCUCCUGAGCCGCGGCUCGGGGAUGAGCAAGCUGUUCGGUCCACAGGCCAAGGAUCAGGUCCAGCGCUCGGAUGACUCCUCCCUCUCGUUGGCGUCCAGCCUGCGCCACCAGUCCAUGAAGCAUUCGCCUUCCCAGCAUUCCUUCGACAGCGCCAUCCUGGAGGGCAGCCUGCCCGACGAGAACCUCUAUGUGGACAGUGACGUCAGCGACAACUUUGUUAUUCUCAUGGACUCAGAGUCCGGUUUGGAGUCCACGCUUCCCAACAACACUCCAGCGGGCGGCCGGGGAAGCCCCGCCCCGGGGACGGAGGGUGGGUCGUCAGCCGACCUCAGCAGCUCCUUGUCUCAGAGCAUUGAGGACGUGUUGCAGGACACGUCGUCGGUGUUGCUGCUGGUCCUGAGCGGAGCGGCCUGCACCCUGGAGGUGAAGGGGGACGACCAGGUCGUGGCGGCGGAGGCCCAGAGUCUGAUCCCGGUGCAGAUGGGAAACAUCCGUGUGUCCGACCUGCUGGCUGGUGUCAUACCAGAAGGACCCGUCCAGCACCAGGACCGACGGGGCGGCGGCAGAGACUCUCCGGUCGUCCGGCUGCGAGCGGAGGCGGGUCCGUGUGCGGCGCGACACUCCGCGCUGGCCGAGUCUCUGGGCUUCCUGGACGUGAGGGUGAGCGACGGCCGGGCGGAGCUGCUGGCCUCCACUGUGGCGAACAUCGGGCCGUUCCUCGAGGACGAGUUCAGCGUCGACGGCCAACCUAUGAGGCUGCACCUGAGCAACGUCACGGUCACCAUGAAGGACGAUGGUCCCAGAAACUACCCGACCGCCCCUCAGCCCGUCCCGGCCACGUUCAUCGUAGAUCAGCUUCUCCUCGAGCGGAGUGAGGACGGCAUCAUGAGGCUCAAAGCAGGUGCUGCAGCGACCGGUCCAGAAGACGCCGGCGCUUCCUGCUCUGAUCACCAGCAGAGCGAGAGACGAACCGUGGAGUCGCAGCUCCGCGACGCCCACGCCGCCCUCGACCGGGCCCGCGGCGACCGAGAGCGCCUCCUGCUGGAGGUCAGGAAGUACGACCCAGCGUUCGCUCUCUGAGAGCCGCCGCCGCCGCCCCGUCUUCACCUGGAGGAUCCGUCCCGCUGAGAGACUGUUGUCUGGACGAACGCCGGGAACCAUGGAGACUCACCUCCGAGGGGCAUUAGUCCUGUUUGGAAAGAUUCAUAAUAAUAUUAAUAAUAAUAAUAAUAAUAAUUUUUUUUUGGAUCACUUGAUUCCAAGAGAGCCCUGAUACAGUAACUACUUACUCACAGAGGAACUUAGUGAAGUAAAUAAUGAAGUGUCAAUAUGCCUCACUGCCGCACUAAACACAAAUUACUUUCGUUCCGUUGAACGACAGAAAUAACUUGAGCAUGCUUAGGGGUAAAUAUCAUUAAUAUUUUUUUUCUUCAGUUUAUUGCCUUUGUUAUUGAAAUGUUCGGUCAAGCAUGAAGCCAAAUCCUCCUCCUCUUCCUCUUCACAUGCACUGACACUGCCAGAACACAUGUCACAUUCCCAGACAGACGAUAACCAGACUUCAUAAUAAUUACAGUAAUAAUAAUAAUUACAGUGUAAAAAAUACAAUAGAUCCACAUGCUUUUUCUCAUCUAAAAGUAUUAUAACAGGUAUUAUUAGCUGUUGAACGUGUGAUGUAGACGUUAGGGACAACGAUGCACUUUUUUUUUUUAUUAUUUAAAAACUGUUUCUACCGACGACGGUAGAAGUCUUACACUCUCUUAUCCAGCUCUCGUUGAAGGCAGAGUUGUAUUAUUCUCUUGAGUUGUGCAAAGGUUUAUCAUUUUUCUUUUUGCGGCUGAACGAUCCACUGAAGGACGACGCGCCCUCAGUAUUGGAACCAGGUUGAGUCUUUUGUUUAUUUAAAAAAAGAAGAAGAGAUUUGAGUUUUAUUCCACAGAUGGAAUACUUGAUUCUUCUUGAAAGGUUUUUGGGGUUUUAUUUGUAGCUUGCCAGGAAACAACGGGGACUCUGUUUGUGUUCUUACCUCGGUACACGAAGAUAAAACUCACCGUGUUGUUUAUUUAUUUAGAUCUUGUCAAUACAUGUUUGUUUCCGACCGCAGAGUGUCGAAGCCAUAUCAAUCAAAAGGAAGUGACAUUUAAAAAAAAGAAAAUAAGUUAUGGUACUGAUGAUUUAUAGUGUUUUAUUUAUGUAACCGAACUCCCAACAGAAUCUGACGUUUCUAUGUUCAGUCCUUAUCUGAUGGUACGACGGAGUUUCAGGGCCACAUGGAGAGAAUAAAGUCGUAAAUUUACGAGAAUAAAGUUAUAAUAUUACAAGAAUGAAGUCGUAAGUUUAUGAAAAAACACUUAAUCUUUGGCACAUUAUCAUCAGUGUCAGGACUUUUGAAAAGGCUCACACCUUUCUUAUGGGUUGCUGUUUAGUAAUAUAAUACUAAAUUUAAUUUUUUCUCAUAAAUAGAUGAAUUUAUUCUCGUGAUGUUACAACUUUAUUCUUGUAAUAUUACAACUUUACUCUCGUAAUAUGACUUUAUUGUCAUAAUAUUAGGACUAUCCUCGACGCUCUAGUCCCUUAAACUCCGUCAUAUGAUGGAGUUCAUCUUGGAUCCAGUUUAAAUUUCUCUCACUUGUCAUUUAUUUGCGCAUUAAUCUUUUUCUUGCACUGAUUCAAACGACAGUGGAUUUGUUCACGUAAGACACUGUUUAACAGUUUAACUUUAAUUUUAUGAAAAACACAAUUUUUAUUUUUUUAAACUUCCCUUUUUUCUACAAACGUUAUAGCAGUGGUUUGGUGUUUUUCCUCUUCGGCAGGUUUAGUUGUGCUCUCUGGAGACCUCUGGUGGCUGCGACCUGCCACAACACAGCUAAUUCAAAACAUUUGGUAUUAUUUUAUUUUAUUUUUUUAAAACCUUUGGUUGCCUUGCCAAGGGCCAGGCUAUGAAUUAUAUUUUUUUCGAUUCUUUAAGAGGAAUGUAAAAUAUUUAAGCAAUAUAUAGAGAAUAUACCGCUUUAAAAAGGACCAUGACAAAGAAGAAGGAAACAUGGUUGAGUUGUUCGUCAGAUUAUUCAGUGUUUCUCCCUCAACUGCAUGUGAACUCAUCCUCAACCCGUCAGACGUUCUGCCCUUUCACCUCACUGUCACUCGUAAUCUUCUUCUCAGCCUCUUAGUGUUUUAUGUUGGUUUUUUUUGCAUGGCCCUAGUAAACAAAGACGCGGUGGCGCGACGUUGAACGUCCCCACUCCCGAUGCAAGUUCCUCACCCCUCAGCGUGAUGUAGCAUCGCAAUCCAGCUGACAAACUGGUCCCCAGACUUCCAGGGUUUCCAUGACAACUCGACCCCUUACCCAGUGUGUCACGAAAAAGGGGAGACGACUGGAGCAGGACACUUCGGAUGGUGUGUUCUCUCUCGAUGCAUGUACUGAAGUGUGUGUGUGCGUGUUUUGAUGUAAAUCACUUCCAGACGAAUGAAUCCUGGUGAAAAAUAUUCGCCAACACUCGCUCCUGGGGACAGUAUUUUUUGUUGUUAUUUGUGUAGAUUUUGAAUUUUGUAUUGUCUAUAACACUUCAUUAAGACUUAAUAUGAAAACUGGUUCUGUGAACCAAAGCUAGUGUGUGGAGGAUAUCAAAAAAGUGAAAGAUUAAAUGAUGAACUGCUGAA